AUGUGGAAGGACUCUAGUAACGAUGAUGCCAGACCUGUGGGCUCCGGUGGCACCUCCUCUCGCAGUGCCAGCCGUAGAAAGAGGACUAGUUUCUCCAAAGAGCAUGUGGAACUCUUGCGCAUCACCUUCGAGACUGACCCCUACCCUGGCAUCAGCCUCAGAGAGAGUCUAUCCCAGACUACAGGCCUUCCAGAGUCACGCAUUCAGGUGUGGUUUCAGAACAGAAGAGCUCGCACCCUGAAGUGCAAAGGGGCAAAGAAAGCACUGUGGCAGACUGAUAGUUCAGUCCAGGAGGCACUACCUACACCCCACGCUGGUGCCAGGGGCCCUCAGGCUGGCUCAGUCCCACAGGGUCCCCCACCAGCCUACCCAACCCAGGUGAAGGAGGAGAUGGAGGAGGCCUGCUUUUAUGGACAAUGUCCUCCAGCUUACCCCCCUAUGGAGGAGCAUGGCAACUAUGGCUCCAUGUAUGGGCCCCAGCAGAGCAGCCCACCCUUGAGGGGCUACUGGUCCCAACCGGGCAGCCAAACAUCCCCCGUCACACCGCUGUGGUGCCACUCUCCCAUGGAAGCAAGAAACUACAACACAAGCUCUAACCAGGCAGCAACCUAUAUGUACCCCAGAUCAGCAGAGCAGCAGAUCUACAUGCCCUGCUCCACCUCCCACUCCUCCACCCCGGACACCCCUGAUUCUGGAUACUGGGACACCAGUCUCGAAAAUAGCCCACCACAAGAAAGCCAGUACUGGCAGCAUGAGGAGUCGUGGAGUGGGGCUCCUGUGGAUGGAUGCAGGGAGCCCGGCAAUCCAUCGCUGGUCCAGGACACCCGCCUGCCUGAGCUGUCCCUGCAGGAUAUUCUGAGGGAGCUGAAUGAGGACUGGCUGGGAGGAGAGGAACUUAACAGUCAUGCAUCUGAGGAGAAAAGGUCUUUGUCCUGA